CGCGCGCCGCCGCUCGCAGGGCCAAAAUGAGUCUCUUCGGCACAACCUCGGGGUUCGGAACUGGCGGGACCAUGUUUGGCAGCCCGACCACGGACAACCACAACCCGAUGAAGGACAUCGAAGUCACGUCCUCUCCGGACGACAGCAUCGGCUGCCUGGCCUUCAGCCCCCCCACUCUGCCCGGCAACUUUCUCGUCGCUGGAUCCUGGGCCAACGAUGUUCGCUGCUGGGAAGUCCAGGACAGCGGGCAGACGAUCCCCAAGGCCCAGCAGAUGCACACGGGGCCCGUGCUCGAUGUCUGCUGGAGUGACGACGGGAGCAAAGUGUUCACAGCGUCGUGCGAUAAAACCGCCAAGAUGUGGGACCUCAAUAGCAACCAGGCGAUUCAGAUCGCGCAGCACGACGCCCCUGUGAAGACCGUCCACUGGAUCAAAGCCCCCAACUACAGCUGCGUGAUGACCGGGAGCUGGGACAAGACUCUGAAGUUCUGGGACACGCGGUCAUCAAACCCCAUGAUGGUCCUGCAGCUCCCCGAAAGGUGUUACUGUGCCGACGUGACCUACCCCAUGGCCGUGGUGGCCACGGCAGAGCGGGGCCUGAUCGUCUACCAGCUGGAGAACCAGCCUUCCGAGUUCCGGCGGAUCGAGUCUCCCCUGAAGCACCAGCAUCGGUGUGUGGCUAUUUUUAAAGACAAGCAGAACAAGCCCACUGGCUUCGCCCUGGGGAGCAUCGAGGGGAGAGUCGCGAUUCAUUACAUCAACCCCCCAAACCCCGCCAAGGACAACUUCACCUUCAAGUGCCACCGCUCCAACGGCACCAACACGUCCGCGCCCCAGGACAUCUAUGCGGUCAACGGCAUCGCCUUCCACCCCGUCCACGGCACCCUGGCCACCGUGGGCUCCGACGGCCGCUUCAGCUUCUGGGACAAGGACGCCCGGACCAAGCUGAAGACCUCCGAGCAGCUGGACCAGCCCAUCGCGGCCUGCUGCUUCAACCACAACGGGAAUAUUUUCACCUACGCCUCCAGCUAUGACUGGUCCAAGGGACAUGAAUUUUAUAACCCACAAAAGAAAAACUACAUUUUCCUGCGGAAUGCUGCCGAGGAGCUAAAACCCAGGAACAAGAAGUAGUGGCCGGAGACCCGGGCCUCGGAGGCGUCUUGUCUCCGCUCUGUUUGGCCACGUCUCCCCACGACUCGGGGCCCAGCUUUCAUGGGGUGUCAGCCCUGGACGUGGCUCUGGGCUCUGGGGAGGCGGGUGUCCAGGCCCUGCCCGUCCUCAGCCAGUGGCGCCCACACGGGGGCACCCUGGGCCCCACCCCAGCACCUCGAACUGUAUUUUGUAAUAAAACGUGUGCGAGA